ACAGUGACCACGUCUGCGUUCCGUAUGUCAUCACACCGGCAACACACACACUGAUCAUCUUCAAGCUCGCCUCUUCAUCAACGUGAACGGUGAGAUCUAUCUGUCCGCGGCGGCCCCCGCUGGCUCGUACCACAUGUCUGUUAGAGCUACCACUGUACUCACACACGUCACCGCUUCAGCCCCCAUACUCCUUUUUAUUGAAGAGAAUGGGGCUUGUAACACAACUUACAAUCAACCACCUCUUCUGAUUCUUGAACGAUACGAAGAAGAAGAACAUUUAAAUCUAGUACCAUUAAAUCGUACCAAACAUCCACUGUGUAAUUAUGUAUUAACCAACCGCUGGCCGAUCGAUCAAAACUGGCUGUACGUAGACGACGAAGGCUUACAUACUAAAUCUAUUGAUAGAGAAGACGUUUCAAUAGCUUUUAUGCCAGUUUCACAAAUACAAGUGGAGCUCAACUUACAUUGUGGCAGCGACUUAAGAAUGAAACGAUCGUUAAGUACAAAUGGCGAACAGAAUUGGCUUGGGCCUUACGACUACGGCGCUAAUAAAUGGAUACUAACUGACAGUAUCUCGUAUAAUGCAAGACGAACCUUAGUCAAUCUUAUCGUAAAGGAUAUUAAUGAUAAUAGCCCGAUAUUCGUUGGAUUGGAAAAUGAACCUAUUGUUGUUGGAUAUCCUGAGUCAGAUAUUGAAGGAUUCGUUUCGCCGAGGUUUUUGGUCAAAGUUGAGGCAACCGACGCAGAUAUCGGCGAGAAUGCAGCCAUUAUGUACUGGAGCACCGACCCACGAGUGGUCGUGUCUCCGAACACAGGAGAUGUUCACGUUCACAAUACUGCCACCAUUGAAGAUAACUACAGGUUCACUGUAAACGCCACAGACAGACGAGGCUCAGGAAACACGGGCUCGAUUGAUGUUUUGGUGAAACUACUAUCCUCAGAAGAAAUAGUCGUGAUCACUGUACAAAACAGUUUCUUGGAUGAUGAAGACCAAGUAUUGUCUGCAUUAAACGCAGCUGUUGAUUACGAUAUUAAAAUGUUAUGCGCGAGCGUGGUCACUGGAAAUAUUGAACCAACUUAUAAAAGACAACAAUCAGAUGAUUUAGGCGUUUCUCUGAGACUAUUUGUAUAUGGAAUCAAAAGCCAGGAAGCAAUCAAAGUAGAUAGACUUACAAGUGACCUAAGUGAUAGCAACAUAGUAACGGUCAACAUAGCCAGUGUCCUAUCACUUCAAGAUCAUCUCGACAAACUGCAGAUAUGCCCUCUACCUGGACGUGACACUGGCUUGUUAGUGGCAACUAUAGUCCUUGCCGGCGUCGUUCUAAUAAUUACUCUAACAGUUGCUGUCUGCUUUUUCCUUAAACGGAAAAAAGAGCACCAUUAUGACCAAUUUAGUGACCGCAAUAGUUUGGCAUCUCGAAAUGAUUCAAUCAAGUCAUCCAAAUCUGAAAUAUUACCGAAAAUAAAUUUAGAUGAACUAAGAAAGAGUGAGAAAAAACUUCAAGAAAGAUUGGAUGCUGCGAAUGGUUCGAGUAUUGCCGCGAAUGAUAUGUUGCCUGUUAUCAUUGAAGAACCGUCAAAAAUGACUGAUGUCGCUCAGACUCCUAAAGAAACUCUUAUCAAUAUAUCAGCACCGGAUCCAAAAGCACCAAUUGUUAUCCAAUCUAUAGACAAACUAAAGGACAGCGGAGCUGAUUCUGACGAUGAUGAUGAAUUUGGUGAAAAAAAUAAAGUAAGAAGGAAAUCAGUCGUCACUUUCAAUGAAAAUGUUGAAAAAAUAAUUCACUUGGAAGAUGGACUAGACGAAGAAUCAUCUGAACCGGACAUAGAAGUAUACAAAUUUUAAUUCAAAUCAUAAUAACUUACAAAAGAAAACAGUUUAAUAUUAGUUUGAAUGCACAGCUUAAAAUAAUUUGGUUAAUUUAUAUACUUUGCCAAAAAACCCAAAUGGAUGACUGUUGAAGUCAUUGCCCUCUUUAUAUCCCUAAGAUAUUAUCGGACAGACAUGACUGUCCAAGUAGGUGUUCAACUGUAAAUAAUGACUUAUAUCAUUAUAACUUAUAAUAUAUUAAAUUCUAAUAGUCUACUUUCACUCUAAACAAGUUUUCUUUUAUAUUUCUGUAAAACUUAUUGGAAAUAGAUAUAUUUUUGUUAAGUUUAUUCAAAUUAGUAUCAUGCUUGUAGAAUUAUAAUAAUCCUAUUAAAAUGCCGCAGUCGUGCUCAUCAAAAUAUUAAAAGGAAUGGCAUAUUAAUUAUUGGAAUUCAUUGUAAAUUAAAUAAACGAAAAGUUUACUUUCA